AUGGCCACCAUAGCAACGAAUGGAUCGGAUCUGGUGUCUUACAUUGUCCCUGGGGCACCUCAUCUAGGCGUGGCUCCCCACAGCGGAGCACUUGUCGUCGUUCCAGAUGGACUGGGAGGUGUCAAGUCUUACGGGUGGUUCACAGCUGCUUGCUGCAGGAUAAUAUCUCAGGAUUCAACUCAGCUGGAGCUGUGCUUUAAGCAGGGCCUACUCUCGUUCAGUGUGUUCGAAAAGGCUUGCAAGCACCUUGGGGCGACAUGCGGUGCCCCAGACGUCCAGACCUGGCAGGAGCGGCUCAGCAUGGGAUCUUCUAUCAUGCAACAGUACACCAGCAUCAGCGCCGAGGAACAACUGAUAUGGCUAAAACGAGAUGUUGAGUUCCGUAAGAGCUUCCAGCCUACGCUUCAGUCGUCGCUCCAAAGCGUAAAUGCCAUUCUCGCAACUUCGCAAUUCACGAAUCCGCAAGAACAACAAUUUCACUCUGAUAGCGGGGCCGCUAUCUGUGCUUUGAUUCAGCUGAACGAUCAACAGAUCGCACAUAUCAAGGACACGCAAAGCAAGGUCCUUGCUAUCCUUCCCGGGGACACGGCGGCCAAGCUAGCAGGACCUUGUUAUUCUGCUCCCGGUCGGAAUGUCCCCGCUCCAGGACAGAGCUCCACGCUACAGCCCGCGGUAGAACGGCCACCUUUAGUCCCUAUCUCUGCAAACGCGAAUCACAGCAUGGAGUCGGGUUUCCAGAACAGUGAAACUCUCAAGAGACGACGGGAAGACGAAGCCCCAAAGGUACGUAGGGCAGACAAGUGGCUCUCACUUGAUAGUGCAGCGCUGUCUUGAGCAUAUACUGAUCCGGAACUAGGCCAAAAGCGAGGUCAUUUCCCUGCUUGAAGAGUCGGACGACGAAGACGCUCUUCAAGGUCAGGCCGAUGCCUUGAAUGCCAAGAUUGCCGCGAUACGAGCUCGUACUGCGCAUGAAGAUCAACUCGUGCCCAGUAAGAAGCCUAAGACGCGCGGAAAAGCUAUUCAGCAGCCACAGCCUUCUGAAGUCACCGCUCAGCUCUCAGUGGUAUCGAACACGCCGCAAGCAGGGCAGAGCGCUGAACCAGAAUGGUUACCCAAGCCUCCAUUGACUGCGACCAACCGUUUCGAUCCAAACGAGCGAAAACUGGAAGGUAAUCAUGCUGAUGGAAUUGCCAAUGCAAGUCAGUUCGCUUGCAUCAGUCCCCAAGAAUCCUCACGCGCAAGCGCUGGGGCGAUGGAGCAGCCACAACCAUCUACCGGUCCAAGCACCGCAACUCGCCCCUCAGUCACUCGCACAAAACUAAAGCUUCGGACGCAGGGACACGCUAGUGUCUGGAUAGAGCCAAGUAAUGAGACCAGAGCUCGGAAGGUGAUUCAGGUUGGAAAAGCUCAAUUCAAAAUAUCGACGCAGCAAUCGGCACAUCUGGUUUUUCGUGGCCAGCGUCUUGAUCCAGACCAGAGAAUUGGCUCUCUUCACGCAAAAGAUUGUGACGCCAUUGACCUGAUCGUUUCAAACAGGCACACGGAUGCACUCAAAUCUCAGGGCAACGCCUGUAGUGCUCAAAAGAUUCCAGCAUCGAAGAAUGAAUCGAUUCCGCCACCAGCGCCUCCAACAACACUAUCCCUGUGGUUUGAAGACAACUCAGUUCGCUUCUCCCGCUUGCCCGACUGUCUUUCGAAGCAGGGAAAGCAUCUUUUCCGCGGGUCUUCGCAAGCAGCUUCCGAAAAUGCAUCGCCAGCACCGGCAUUGGCAUCGCCAGCACCAGCGACGCCCGUACCAGCAACACCUCAGCCCGUCAUCGAUCUUACAUCUGGGGCCCUCGUGCCGCCAGAUCAGCCGCAACCCGCGCCAAGAAACGAACCGGUGCUGUGUCAAGAGCAGCAAGAGGUUGUUGACCUGAUCUUGGCUGGAAAGAACGUGUUCUACACUGGCUCCGCUGGCUGCGGAAAAUCAACGGUCCUGAAGUCCUUUGUCCCGAAGCUACGUGAACUUGGGAAGGAGGUACGAAUCGUGGCGCCAACGGGCAAGGCUGCGCUCGACAUCAAUGGCUCAACUACGUGGACAUUUGCAGGAUGGACUCCACUGCAUAUGAAGAAGCCUUUGGUCGAUCUCAGAAAAGCAGCUCACGGAACAUUUGUCCGUCGUCGGCUUGUUCGCACCGAUGUCCUUGUCAUUGAUGAGAUCAGCAUGGUUGAAAACCAUAUGCUCGAACGACUGAGCGCCAUCAUGAAAGAGGCUCGAGGCGAUGACCGAGCCUUUGGUGGAGUACAGCUCGUUGUCACUGGAGACUUCUGUCAGUUGCCUCCAGUGAAGCCUUUCCAGCACUGCAUCACGUGCGGACGCGAACAGCCUCGGCGCAUGGCUGCAGAUGGACGAGUUGUUUACAGAUGCCCUCAACACGGUGAUCGUUUUGAUGACGACAAGUGGGCUUUCCGGAGCGCAGCUUGGGAAGAGUGCAAGUUCAAGCACAUCAACUUGACCAACAUCCAUCGACAAAGCGACGAGGUCUUCAUCAAGAUCCUGCAGAAGCUGCGAGUUGGUAGUGCCCUCACCCAAGCCGACCGUGAGUUGCUGAUGAACCAUACUUGCAACAUUGACAAUGCUGUCAAGCUCUUCCCGACUCGCAACGAGGUCAUGCGCAUCAACCAGUCAGAGUUCGACAAGCUCACGACCGCCAAACUGGGCUAUACCUGCUUAGACCACUUUCGCUGGAACGAGGAGAAGCACCCACACCUGAGGUCCAAGGGCGACAGGCAGCCUUAUGACAAUUCGCUUAUUGCCCUAAGAGAACACCGGAUGGAUAACUUUGUGGAGCUCCGAAAGGACAUGUUGGUCGUUCUGCUGGUGAACCUCGACAUCAAGCUUGGACUGGUCAAUGGAAGCCAGGGCAAGAUCGUUGACUUCGAGCCCUACGAUCCCGCGAAGCUGCCCAAGGCGAGCCGCGAUAGUGGAGGAAUCGGCAGUAGCAGCAAAUCAGCGCGACCCGGAUACAGCUCCACUCAGAGAUCACGCGGACGCCGCGAUGGUUCGAUGGAGCCUCCAGAGUCGUAUGAGUCGGGCGAGCUUCGAGGCGAGUAUGCCGCAUUGCGCGAAACGCAGAUUCGGGAGUUCAUUCUGCAGGACCGGAACAAGUCCAAGAUGUGGCCAGUGGUGGAGUUCGACAAUGGACUCCGGCGAACGAUCUAUGCCGAAUGCACGGUCAAUGAGCUGGGGGAUGUCGAGCCCGGGCAGCAGAGGGAUUACACGCUCUUGGCCAGGACGCAGAUUCCGCUCGUCGCGGCGUGGGCCAUGACGAUACACAAAAGCCAAGGCAUGACUUUGAACCGGGUGAUGGUUGACCUUGGAAAGAGCUUUGAGGAAGGUCAGGAAUAUGUUGCGCUUUCGCGUGCUCGGGCGCUGGAUGGGUUGAAAGUGUUGUCACUUGGAGAUGGCGUUGGAAAGGGAGGCAAUGCGCAGGUCAAGCAAUUCUUGUGGGAGAAGUUCAAGUUGAGAUGA